CAGGAGACCGCGGGGACAAAAACACUGUAGGCAGUGCAGAAAGGACGAGAGAAGGCUGCUGGAGCCGUCCAGAAGAUUUUAUUGUUUUGCAUUUUAACUAACAAGGCUUUUCGGCAAACAUAUAUCUUUCCAACUUCAGCUACAGUGAUAGCUAAGUUUGGAAAGGAGAAAGGGGAGUUUUGGAGUGCGUUUAUCGAAAAUUCAAUGCACCGAGUAUCGCCUGCAUCGAAAGCCUGUACAAAGGGAAAUAAAUAUUGACUAAAUUAUUUUGAGAAAAAAUAUUACAAAUGGAUAACGCGGGACCUAAGAAACGUUAUUGUGAAUCUGUCCAAUCGUUCUUCACAUCACCAACGUUCCUUAUUUACCUUGGACAUGCCCUCUCCACAUGGGGAGAUCGUAUGUGGAAUUUCGCUGUAGCUGUAUUUCUGGUGGUGCUGUAUGGCAACAGCCUCCUGCUCACGGCUGUGUACGGACUGGUGGUGGCAGGGUCAGUCCUGCUGCUCGGAGCCAUUAUCGGUGACUGGGUGGAUAAAAACCCCAGACUCAAAGUGGCCCAGACUUCACUGGUUGUCCAGAACUGUGCCGUCAUUCUGUGUGGGAUCCUCUUGAUGGUGGUUUUCCAGUUCAAAGAACAGCUCGCAGAGUUAUAUAAUGGAUGGGUUCUGACAUGCUGCUAUAUCUUGGUCAUCUCCAUAGCCAACAUUGCUAACUUGGCCAGUACUGCCAUGUCCAUUACCAUCCAGAGAGACUGGGUGGUGGUUGUGGCUGGACAGGACAGCAGCAAGCUGGCAGACAUGAAUGCCACAGUACGGAUCAUCGACCAGCUAACAAACAUCCUGGCGCCUAUGUUGGUGGGCCAGAUCAUGGCUUUCUGCUCCAACUUUAUUGGCUGCGGCUUCAUCGCCGGCUGGAACCUGUGCUCUAUGUGCUUGGAGUACUGUCUGCUGUGGAAAGUCUACCAGAAAUGUCCAGCACUGGCCAUGAAGGCUGGCAAGAAAGAAGACUACCAGGAACUGAAACGACUGAACUCCCCAAAAGAGCUAGAGAACGGCCAGGGCCCAGUGGAGGGCUCCCAGCUCAUGAACGAGACUGCUGUCGUCAAGGCUGACUCUCCCAGGAAGACUGGCUGCUGCUACCAGAUGGCGGAGCCCCUACGCACCAUCCGCGAUGGCUGGGUGGCCUACUACAACCAGUCCAUCUUCUUCGCUGGCAUGUCACUAGCUUUCCUCUACAUGACAGUGCUGGGCUUUGACUGCAUUACAACAGGCUACGCCUACAUGCAGGGCCUCAAUGGCUCUGUGCUCAGCCUGCUGAUGGGYGCCUCAGCCGUGUCGGGCAUCUGUGGCACGGUGGCCUUUACCUGGGUUCGCAAGAGCUGUGGCCUGAUCCGCACAGGCUUCAUCUCGGGUGUGGUGCAGCUCUCCUGCCUAAUGCUGUGCGUGGCGUCKGUCUUCGCACCGGGCAGCCCCUUUGACCUCAGUGUCUCGCCAUUCCAGGACAUCUAUAGCCACCUGACUGGGAAGAGCAGCGCCCUCCCGGAGGCCGCCUACCCGGCUAGCGUGCUAACCAUCGAUGGUCAGGGUAUGCUGGUUAACAGUUCGACCGUGCCGCCCACCGAGGAACUACCGCCUCUGCAGUCCUACAUGUCAGUCAGCCUGCUGUUUUCUGGGGUCAUUGCUGCUAGAAUUGGUCUAUGGUCCUUUGACUUAACCGUGACCCAGCUCAUCCAAGAGAAUGUGAUCGAGUCGGAGAGGGGACUGAUCAACGGCGUCCAGAACUCCAUGAACUACCUCCUAGACCUUCUGCAUUUCAUUAUGGUGAUUCUGGCGCCCAACCCAGAGGCCUUCGGCCUGCUCGUCAUCCUCUCCGUCUCAUUCGUGGCCAUGGGCCACAUAAUGUACUUCAGGUUUGCCUUUAAGAGCCUCGGGCGGCGCCUCUUCCUCUGCUUCUCUCCAGAGCAGCAGACUCAGGCCCUCCCCGACUCUCCCUCCUCGCUUCCCACCACGGUGUAACCCAUUAAAGAGACUCUUUCCCUGCUUACAGCUCCGCCUGCAGUACACAAAUACUCCCUUCUCCUCCAGCCCCCUAGCCAUCAACCUAAACAUGCUUGUGGCCCCGGCAGGACUAAUGUAUUUACUUCUGCGCCUUACCCUAGCAGGUGCUGUCCUUUGUCAUUGUAGAUAGCAUUUGCCGUUCGCUGAGGGAGAAGGGUAGUGCGGCCGCAGACAUAGAGAAGGAGUCUCAGACAAACAACCCAGAUCAUAAGUGUCACAAAAAACCACUUCCCUACUUCCAAUAUUUAAAUGUAGCCGUCUUGUCAUGCAUUCAGCUUAAAAGCUAAACUAAGGUGGAAAAUUGCAGGUAUUGCCACUUGCAGUUACUACGRUUACAGCUGGGUACUGCUCAAGUAUGUGCUAGUGCUGUUUGCAUCUCAUUACAGCUCUGCAUCAGCCRUGGGAUUCUUAUAUCCGCUUUCAAGCCAUUUGUUUCUCAGUAGUUUAUUGGUGCUAUAAAUCAUUCAUGCUAGCAUUUCAGUUAUUUCAGCUUUAGUAAUUAAUUCUUUAGAUGAUCGGUUCUUGCUCAUUUCUCUUUAAUACAUGGUUAUAAGGGUUAUGCAAAUAUAUUUAUUCAAGGAGCGCAAAUACUUAUGUUUAUCUAUACAUGGAGUGUACAAUACAUUAGGAACACCUGCUCUUUCUAUGACGGACUGACCAGGUGAACAUUACGAUCCUUAUUGGUGACAACUGUUAAAUCCACUUCGAAGACAGGUUAAAGAAGGAUUUUAAGCCAUGAGAUAGAGACAUGGAUUGUGUGUGUGCC